GUUGCUUUGAUUUAUUGAUCUAGAAAUACCCUAAGUGUUGUAAAUGGGGAUUUGAAUGUGAAAAACAAAGUCACUAAAGAAACGCGUCUGGUCUUCAUUCCCUGUCGUCAUCUGCAUGCGACAGCUUUCGGCCUUUCGCCAAGAAGUCAUCAAACGGCCACGCUGGUUUGACGGGAAAGCGGGGGAGUCAUGUCUGGCAGUUAUUAUUUCGUCAUGGUUGGCCAUCACGACAACCCCGUGUUUGAGAUGGAGUUCCUUCCUGCUGGGAAGUCUGAGUCCAAGGACGACCACCGGCACUUGAACCAGUUCAUCGCACACGCAGCCCUGGAUCUGGUGGACGAGAACAUGUGGCUGUCGAACGGCAUGUUCCUCAAAACAGUGGAUAAGUUCAAUGAGUGGUUUGUGUCUGCCUUCGUCACGGCGGGACAUAUCAGAUUCAUCAUGCUGCAUGACGUCCGACAAGAAGAUGGAAUCAAGAACUUCUUUAAUGACGUUUAUGAUCUGUACAUCAAGUUUGCCAUGAAUCCAUUCUACGAAAUCAACACGCCAGUUAGGUCCACAGCAUUUGAGCGAAAGGUCCAGUUCCUUGGUAAAAAACAUCUCCUCAGUUAAUCUUCACGACGUACUUACACCUUAAUAUGUAACCUGUUUGUAAAUAUGUUUCUGAUUUAAUGAUGCAAAUAAACAGUUAUCUCGAA